AUGCCGGCAGCGGGGAGAGGCCAGGCCGAACCGGGCCCUCCGCGGCAGCGGGAGCUCCGGGAGCCCAGCCGGCUGCCGCCACACUCCGCAGCCCCUCCUGCAGCGGCUCGCCCGGCGGCGCUGGCCCUCGUCACCCUCCUCAGCUUCGCCUCCCGCUUCCACCGCCUGGCGGAGCCGCCACACGUCUGUUGGGAUGAAACUCAUUUUGGGAAGAUGGGAAGUUACUACAUUAAUCGGACCUUCUUCUUUGAUGUCCAUCCCCCUUUAGGGAAGAUGCUGAUUGGACUCGCUGGCUACCUUAGUGGAUAUGAUGGUACAUUUCCUUUCCAAAAGCCAGGGGACAGAUAUGAGCAGCACAACUACGUGGGAAUGAGAGGGUUCUGUGCUUUUCUUGGCUCCUGCCUGGUUCCAUUGGUCUACCUCACAGUGCUGGAACUGUCAAAGUCACUGCCAGCAGCCUUACUCACAGCUUUCAUCCUUAUUUUUGAUACAGGCUGUAUUACUUUGUCUCAGUAUAUUCUGCUGGAUCCCAUUCUAAUGUUCUUCCUUAUGGGAGCUGUUCUGAGUAUGGUGAAAUGUAACAGCUGUGCGGAUAGGCCAUUUUCUGCCUCCUGGUGGUUCUGGAUGAGUCUCACUGGCAUGAACCUUGCUGGAGCAAUGGGGGUAAAGUUUGUGGGCCUUUUCGUAGUCCUCUUGGUUGGCCUGAACACAAUGCAUGACCUAUGGGACUUGCUGGGGAACCUCAGCCUGUCACUGGUCACGUUUGGGAAGCAUUUACUGGCUCGUGUACUCUGCCUCAUCCUGCUCCCGCUUGUCCUCUACGCGGCUAUGUUUGCUGUUCAUUUUACAGUGUUAAAUAAAAGUGGUCCUGGGGAUGGUUUCUUCAGUUCAGCGUUUCAGUCCCAGCUGAUUGGGAACAAUCUUCAUAAUAUCUCCGUUCCAGAGCACUUGGCAUAUGGAUCUGUGGUCACGUUGAAGAACCUCCGAAUGGCAGGGGGAUACCUUCACUCCCACUGGCACCUCUACCCAGAGGGUAUUGGGGCCCGCCAGCAGCAGGUCACUGCCUACUUACAUAAAGAUUUGAAUAACCUCUGGAUUAUAAAGAAACAUGAUUCAGACACAGAUCUGUCAGACCCCUCGAUCCCUGUGGAGUUUGUGAGGCAUGGAGAUAUUGUUCGUCUGGAACAUAAAGAAACUUCUAGAAAUCUUCACAGUCACCAGCAUGAGGCUCCCCUGACAAGGAAGCAUUUUCAGGUCACUGCCUAUGGAAUAAACGGAACAGGAGACUCCAAUGAUUUUUGGCGGAUUGAAGUGGUAGGCAGAAAGGCUGAGAAGCUGAUCAGAGUACUACGGAGUCAAGUCCGGCUAACCCAUGUGGCCACGGGAUGUAUAUUGGGCUCUUCUGGAAAGAUUCUGCCGAAAUGGGGUUGGGAACAAUUGGAAGUCACCUGCACACCAUACUUGAAGGAGACUCCCAAUUCCCUCUGGAACUUUGAAGAUCAUAUUAACCCUAAGUUGCCCAAUAUCAGCCUGGAUGUUUUGAAGCCCUCUUUUGCAGAAAUUCUGCUAGAAACCCAUAUGGUUAUGAUCCAGGGAAAUACUGCCCUCAAACCAAAGGACAAUGAAGUUACAUCCAAACCUUGGCACUGGCCCAUCAACUACCAGGGCCUGCGUUUUUCUGGUGUAAAUGAGACCGAUUAUCGGGUUUAUUUGCUGGGAAACCCGGUGAUUUGGUGGCUAAACCUCAUCACUAUUGUACUGUAUCUUCUGAUAACAGUUUCCACUGCAGUGGCCCUGAAGAGAGGUGUCCAGCUGACGUCUGAACUCAAAGAACUGUCCAGAGUUGUGCUACAUGGUGGAGGGCAGAUCAUGCUGGGCUGGCUCCUUCAUUAUCUCCCUUUUUUUAUGAUGGGACGAGUUCUGUACUUUCACCACUACUUCCCUGCUAUGCUUUUUUCCAGCAUGUUGACAGGAAUCACCUGGGACACACUACUGAAGUUCUUUGCUGGGUUCUGGUCACCCAGCACUGCAGCUAGAAAAGUAUAUGGAGCAGGGUUCCUGGCACUGGUUCUGCUCAUCAUUUACAGCUUCUACCUCUUCCAUCCUCUGUCCUAUGGGAUUGUAGGACCCAUGGCCUCUGACCCUAGCAGCCCCAUGGCAGGGCUACGGUGGAUGGACUCCUGGGAGUUCUAGAGCCAGCAAAGGGAACCUGGGAACAGUGGAUGGGAAGCAUGAGAUCUGCUGCAUGUCAGGCUGAUUCUGGUGCUUUGGAGACAUGUGAUAGUAAAGUUCUCUCUCUGGAGAACCCUGUUGCUUUGGCAUUUGUUUGCACUGCCUGCAUUGGAAGAUGCAGAGGAUGACUGUGAGAAGGUCCUCCUAAAAUUACUCAUGUCCUGAAACCUUAGGUUAUAUUCCUGGACAACUGGCUGCUUAAAUCUCAAAUAUUUUGAGCAAUAUCUAUCAGUCAAACAGCAGUGGUAUUCCAGCAGUCAGACCCGUACAAGCUGAAGGCUGUGUGUAGUUGCAUGAUUGUAUGUGUGUCUUCGUGUAAUCUGACUGUUACAGUGAGACAGCAUCUGGGACAUUAGGACUUUUAUUAUUAAGAACAUUUUUUUUUAUGGUGAGAUUUUUGAAAGCUUCCUGUAAGUACGUGGGGACCAGCAUUCUUCCCUGCCCUGCUGUCGGUGGGUUUUGUUCUGACCCUGAAGUUUUAGAAUUUGACUGGAAGGGGUUUGCUUGAAAUCCCCUGAGCCACUGUGCCUUGCCUGUCUCACAGACCCUCUGCAGACAGAGGAGGUGGAGAUAGUUUAUCCCUCUAUACGGCCUUGCUUUUUUGGUUACCUUUAAUCAUUUUGUAUUAACCACCUAACAGGCCUGUGCUCAGAGCCAGACUGUUCCAGCUCAGCACUUUGUAGCUUCUUUGAAAUUCUGUCUGAAACUGCCAAGGGAAUUACAGUGGAAAUAGCAGGUGAUUUAUUUUCUGCCCCAGCAUGCUGUGAAGGUCAGACGCCUGUGGCUUUUGUAGAGUCUGAAAUGACAGCUUGAAAUUUUACAGACAGCUGUCAUUCAUCUUUUGAUCCCAGCUAUUCCAGUGCCAGUACCUGUGCUUUUAGGGGAAAGGUUUCACCUUAAUAAAUGUGGCAUCUGCAUAUCUGUCUGUCAGUGCCACAGUAUCUGCUCGCUGUAUUCCAAUAUUGAGCAUGUUACCUCUCAUAGAUAGCUGAACAUUAAAUUACCCUAUUGAAGGAAAUGCAAGGCCAGACAAAAAUUCUUUGUCUGUUAAGAGUCAAAAGCCAUUGGAUAUUGAAUCCUCCCCUUCCAAGAAAGCAGAAUUAAGUUUAUCAGGUGCCUUUCUCCUGUGUUAGGUCCAUUUUUGUAAAUGUUCCUUUUAUUCCACCUCCUGUUCUUUUAACUUUUGUCAGUUCAAGGUUGCUAUCUUGUAGCAUCCAACAUGAAUGACACUUAAGACUCCAGCUGUGUUCCUGUCUCAAGUAAUAUUUGCAGAACUCUUUUGUGUAUGUUUCAAUGAACUGAAGCCUUUCAUUUCUUGCUCUGCUUCUCAACCUAGCAUCAAAAUUACAGGUACAGCGAGAGAAGGAGGUGAGCAUGUCUGUCUUUAAGCAUGAAUUGUGCAUUCACUUCUCUUACCAAAUCUUGAAUUAUCAUGUAUUUCUUGCAACACAGAAGGGCAGCAUUAGCAUAAUUGUUCUGUGUGGGGCACUGAGCCUCUAGUCAGACUUGCUUUCAUUCCUUUUUAAUAGAGAUCCAUAGCAUUUUUCAAUAAGGCAGCUGCUUGCUAUUGUAAGGCUCUGGCUUGGUAUGUCACAUCUGUCUCCAGAAGUUGACUCCUAUGGACAAUAACUCAGAUGGUAUAGACCAAUGCCUCUGAUUCUAAAGGUUUUAUGUUAAUCAUCUGCUGGUAAUACAUGGUGGGAAGUCAUUGUGCUAAUUAGCUACUGGGUUUGAUGAUUCUUUUCCACUUGCUAUUGCAGGAAGUGCUCCCACUGCAUGAGCCAGGGGUUCAGAGAGGUGAUGUAUAUGCAAGAAGGAUGAGGGAGAAGGCUGCAAACUUCUACACAUCCUGCUUGAUCUGACAGCAGCUGUGAAUUGUUACCUGUUGGCAGUGUGGCUGGCAGACAGUGCAGUGCUGCCAUUGUAGCAAUGUGAUUUGGGAUCUUCUACUUUUGGUGAGAUUAUCGGCUUAAUACCUUGCUAUCCUGAAUAUGAGCUUUCCCUAAGGUAGUCCCAUUGCCGUGGGGAGGAUUUGCCAGAAGAGCUGAUCAAAGCCAUGACUUAAGGUGCAGGGUUUUUUCUAGCACAUACAAUCAAUCACAUGCUUGCCCUUAUCAUUAACAGCAAAAAAUCCCUAAGAAACUUGUGUUUUGGAAUGGCAGUUUCUACUAUUCAUCAAAUUAAAUUUGUGGGAAAGCAAAAAUUGA